AUGUUCCGCGUCGAGAGCCCUACUUCGUUCGCCCAGGGUGUGAACCGAGACCACCGACGCAAACGGACUAGUCCACCAUGCCAGGCUCGUUCCCGACGACCAUCCUCGCAGCGUGCAGCAUGUGAGGAGUCCGGCAACUGGCCCGGAAAGGACGGUCAGCUCGAUCCAGGUGAUCCCAGCAACCCGUGCGAUCGCACCUGGAAGCUAACUCGGGCAGAUGUUGUGGUUUUCUCCGGCUGGUACCUAUCUCCCUCGCGGCAGUUGGCAGAAUGCUGGGACAACCAUGCUUUUACCUUGGCAUUCAGCAAUAUCAUUUGUCCUCAGAAACACAAAGGCACGCUGGGAUUGCUCGACACCAGUUUCCUGGCUAUCAUGAUAUCAGAAGCAGGCCGGGACGCGCCCGUUGUGCUAGCCUGCCGAGCCAUUGGGCAUGCAUUUCUCACGAGCAACGUGGACACGCCCGAAACGCGAUCCAAGCGAGCGACAACAUACGGGCAAGCCCUUGAAGCGACCAAUCUGGCUCUAGAGGAUCCCAUCGCGCAGACCCAAGACGAAACUCUCGCGUCCGUGUGGCUGUUGAGUCUCUAUGAGCUCGUUGUAUCACCGGGCAAAGAGCACCAGCCUCUCGACUUCUCACCGAAUACUUUUGGGAUCGGUUCUUGGAUUGUGCAUACUCAAGGACUGGUCAGCUUGCUGCGGCUGCGCGGCACUUCACAUUUCAAGACGCCUAUUGCGCGGGAUCUGUUCUGGCUGAUCUAUAAUUCAGUGAUAGUUAGAUGCUUCAUCACGAACAUGGCCAGCCCUUCCGAAUCUCCGAGCUGGUUUCGGGAAUUGGAAAAGAAUCUGACUGAAGACGAGCUGCUCACUUAUCAGCUCUGCGUAUAUGGCCAUCAUGCGUCCACUCUCUGUGCGACGAUUCGACAAAUCAUGAAUCAAUGGACAAGCAGUGAACCCGGUGCCGCAACAGAAACAGUCGCCCGGGCGGAGGUCUUCCAGAAGAGAAUGCAGCACUUGUGGCAUGUCAACCCCGACAGCCCCGGCAUUGAGACUGUUCCUAUCUCUGACUUGAGCAUUCGGCAACUAUGCUGCCGUACAUAUCUUCAUGCCUUUCGACUGAAGCUCGAAUUGACUCUGUUGCAGCUUUUGAGCAAAAUGCAAACAGAGAGAUGUGAUGCAAAUACAGGUACAUUGCAGGAUGAAUGUCAGGUUCGAGUUGAGACCAUCCAGAGCGUGGCCGAUGAAAUUCUGGCGUGUGUUCCUCUGAUCCUGUCAACGAAGGCUGCCUUGGGGGGGCCCCAGAGACUGACACCAAGGCUGUGGAGGGAUGGAGUCCGCUUGCUCUGGCCAUUGAGGCUUGUGGCACUUUGGGAUGCGACCAGGGACGAUCAGAAAAGGGCUGCAAAGAUCACACUUCAACAAAUCAGGGACGAGGUGGGAAUCAACCCAGCAGGAGCAUUUCCCCAGUCUUUCUUCCUGGAUUUUGCAGCAUAA